GAACGCCCUCUCGACCAACUCGUUCGUGGCUUCGUGCGCGAGCCUGGCGGCCGGCGUUGAGAAGGGGUGGCCGUUGAUCGUGGUGGUCCUUAUCCAUCUCCAGAACAAGGAACAUUUUUCUGCUAGUAUGACUCAAGAUAUUGGCCAAGCUGAAGGGAGGACUUCAAAUAAACCUGAAGGUGCUGGACAUCAGUGUGUGGACUCAUUCGCUUCCAGUGAACAAGAGGACUCAAGUGACUCAUCAGAUGAUGAGAUGGAAAGCUUUUCUGAUAUUGAUGAUGUUGAGGUUGAUGGAUACCUGCACAAUGAAGAGGGGAAGGAACUUAAAAAGAUUAUAUGGGAAGAAAUGAACAGAGAGUAUCUUGAGGCACAAGCAGCCAAGGAAGCUGCUGCUACAGCUGCUAAGGAGGCUUAUAAAGCUAAUUUUUUAAAUGGCUCAGAAGAUCUGUUAGAUGCCAAGGAACUUGCUAAAGCAACUGCAGCAGCCCUGGCAAAGUCCAGAAAGGAAAGAAGAAGAAGAAAUGCUGGAGAAUCUAAAACCAAGACUCCUGCACAGACUCUUGAAACAACCCAUCAGAUGUCUAAAAGAAAGGUAUUGAGUUCGAAAGUCAACUAUGAAGCGCUGGAAGCUCUGUACUCUUCUGAUCAAGAUGGUGGAAAAAGGCAAAAAAUCGAGUCAGAUGCUGCUGGUGCUUGUGACCUCCCGAACAACAUCGAGAAUCAUGUGGUUGAUCCAAGUGCUACGGUGGAUGGUGAUGGAUCCGGAGCAUUUGAAGAUCACAUAUAUGCUGAAGUCAGUUAUGAUGAUUACGACGGGAAUGGAGAUGAAGAUUUUGGGUAUUACGAGGAUUUGGAUUUUUCAUACUGACAACCCUUUCACAGAAUUUUUUUUUUUAUAGUAUUCUAUUCCAUUGUCAUAAUGACAACACUUGCACCUACAGCAUCUUCACUGACUUGUAAGAACUUGCUAAUUCUGAGUGGUAGUCCUUUGUCCAGGUUGUGAGCUUGUAAAUAAUGUUCCUGCUAAUGUGAGGAGUAA